AUGGUCUUCUUAAGCAAGAAACAUGUUAAAAUCGACCUUCCUUUCUGCGAAAAGUAUCGGGAUGCUGCCUUCAAGAUUUCAAAUAUAGGCCGAUGGGUAGUGAUGGUCAGUGGUUCUCAGAUGCUGGAAGAUAUUCGGCGAGCAUCUGAAGACCAGUUGUCAUUCGACGAUGCUGUUGGAGAAAUCAGCGAGGAUCCCUAUCACGUUGCAAUUGUGCGAACAUCACUUACGCGAAACAUUGGAACUCGUUUUGCAGAUAUACAUGAUGAAAUAUUGACGGCCUUCAGUGAACUCAUUCCGACGUCAAACAAUAGCUGGACACUUGUACCCGCUUUGGAAACAGUCAUGCACAUCGUCUGUAGGACAAGUAACAGAUUAUUUGUUGGCCUCCCGUUGUGUCGCCAGCCAGACUAUGUAAAACUUAAUGAACAAUUCACAGUUAACGUGGUCUUGAGAGGAAAUGUGAUCAGGAUGUUCCCCCCCUUUAUUAGACCUAUUAUGGGAAGGUUGCUUAGUACCGUCUCAUCUGACACUAAAUUGGCUGUUUCGCAUCUUCAGCCUUACAUAGAGAAACAAGUCGACUGUAUUCAGGCAGGGGGUGUUCCACAGAACGACUUCAUCUACUGGCUUCUCGAAGUAGCGAAGGGAUCCCAGAGAACCGUCCACGAUAUUUCGUUGAGGUUGCUUGCGAUAAACUUUGCAGCGAUUCAUACGACGUCACAUGCGCUUACACAUGCGCUAUAUUACCUCGCCACGUACCCUGAGUACGCGGAACCUAUGCGGGAAGAAGUCAGGGUUGUAACAAAUGAAGAAGGGUGGACAAAGAUGGCCAUGGAUAAAUUACACAAGGUGGAUAGCUUUGUCAGAGAAUCACAGAGACUAACCGCGGGUGGAGUGGCAUUGGCUCGCAAAGUCCUAAAGGAUUUUUCUUUCUCGAAUGGCGUUACAGUCCCUGCAGGAACGCACAUUGCAUUUUGUAGCUAUUCCACUCAUACCGACGAGAGAAAUUAUCCACAUGCUCGAGAGUUUCAGGGAUUCAGGUUUGCAGACCUAAGAGAUAAAGCAAGCACAGAUUUAGGGAAACACCAAAUUGUUUCACUCAGCCCAGAUAAUGUUACGUUCGGAAUAGGACGACAUGCCUGCCCUGGCCGCUUUUUUGCUGCAAACGAGCUCAAAGCCAUGAUUGCAUACAUUGUCUUAAGUUACGAUGUGAAGCUGCCGGAUGAGUGCAACGGAAAACGCCCGCCUGACUUGUGGAUAGGGGCAAAUCCUAUCCCUAACAUGAAGGCCAAAUUAUUGUUCAAAAGGCGGUAA